AUGAGAAGCAAGGGAAAAUCCUCCAAGAAAGUAGCUCUAAAAAAGUUGCAUGGCGCAUUGAAAAGUAUACUUGGUUCCUCUGAAGAGGAGCUUAAGAAGCGGAAGGACAAAGGUAUAGUUGAAAUCUUACCUGGAGCAGAGGCAAAGAAAAUCAGUUCACGUAAGAAGUCACCACCUGUGGCUGUAGAGAAGAGGAAUGGUUUAACCUAUAUUGUUUCUCGAGAAAAGCAGCUGAUCCCUAUGUUAACCGAUGAUGAGAUUAUGCAGCGGCACAAGCUUGCUGAUGAAAAUAUGAAGACUGCUUGGACUAGUAUCAUUAAUAAAUACGAAUCCGUCGAGGACCAAGGUGAUGUUAUCGAUCUGAGAACAGGCGAAGUCGUAGAGGAUUACGGACACUUGCGAGGGUUAUCGCAUGAACUCCCGCAGGAUAGCUCUCACUACCGAAGCACUCUCACGAGUUUACUUGGCGUGAAGGACGAAGGAGAUACUAGGCGUGAUCUAUGGCAGGAUGGCGAUGACGAUGAGGACGAUGAGGAGUACAACAGCGAAAAUGAGGCAAGGGAAGAAGAAGGUACGGAUACAGACUCACAGACUUCAGAAUACGAAAAGGUGCUCAACACUAAGAUCAGAGAUUAG